CUCAAGGCGAUGCCCGUCCCCGACGCCUAAUCCACAUGCUUGAGUCGUACCAUUAAUCGCUUGCCGUUUAAAUAUAAAGCCGCGUGCUUGCGCAAUGGAUAAGGCUAAAAUUAAUAACGAGAUAAUACUUAUGCGGAAGGAUGUCGGUCAGGUACGAGGGCAGCUUAUUAAGAAGCUUACGAGGGAUUCUCUCAAGUUACGACAAAAGAAAGGCACGGAGGCGCAGCGGCUGAAAAACUUAAGAAAAGCGAAGAGAAUGAUAGCCGAGAUUCUUGAGAUUAAGAAAAUAAAGAAGGACGAGAUUACGAAACUCGUGUUGAAAAAUACAUUGGCAUUGAAUGAAGUUCUUGGCGAUAGCAAUUCAAAGCCACUGACUCGUAUUAUAGCAAGAAUUGGAAAUCACAAAAGCUUUUCGACCAAAAUAAGCGAAUUCAAAAGUAAGUAUCCUAACUAUAUGAAUUUCUUAGGGCCGGGAAGAAAGCUUAGGGCAAAGCUCGAACGAAAAGGCCUAUCGACGAUGGAAAUUAAUAGUAGCGAGGAUCCCGGUGCUAUUGUCGAGAAUGAUAAAUCCAAGGAAAUGGAGCGUACGGUGGCCGAUGAAGAAAGCGACGACAGUGUAGAAAGUGGCGAUGAUUCGAAUGGGAACGAUAGUAAAUGUUUGGAAAAUAAUGACAUAGGCAAUGCCGAUAGCGAAAAUGAAAGCGUAAUGGCAUCGGACUGCGAGAAUAAUGAUAUAAACGAAGAGGCGGUGGAAAAUAGAGUAGACGAAUCGGAGAGAGAAACAUCAUUGGCUGAGAAGUCAAUGAAAAUUAUGGAUAAUACGGAAAAGUUGAAGGAUUCGAAACCUGAGGUUACAAAGAAACCGACUGACGUUCUUAAAGCAGUUACUAAGCAAGCCAUUGUUAAAAGACUUGAGGAUCUGCUGUUAGAAGCUGAUGAUAAUUCUAAGUUGGAUGACAAUUUGGAAAUUAGUACAGAAUUUGUUGAAGAAAGCAUCGAUGUUAAAAGGGAGAUAGAUUCUUUCUUCUUAAUGGAAGAUGGGGAAACAAAUUAUUUAACUUUAGCAUCUUCUACGAAUAAUUCGGUUAAUGCGAAAGGCAAUUCUAACAAUAAUAAUACAAGUAAAUUUCACAGGCAAAGGUUUCAGCAAGAUAGUAAUAAUUCCUUCGACCGAAAAUUUAGGAAUAACGAUUACCAAUUCAAUUCCAAUAAAUCUAAUACAAAGUGGAAACAUCAAAACAGAAUCCCAGGACCGUACGAACGGGAAAACAGAAGAAGUAGAAGAGCCCUCAAACAUUUUAAUAACGAUUACAAAGAUGAUUCGAAUUCCGAUAAAAGAUAUUCAAAAUCUAAUUUUGAAGAAAAAAGUAAUAAUACGCCUUUACAUCCAUCGUGGGAAGCUAAGAGAAAACAGCAGGACAUUUUGAAGCAAGGCUUUCAGGGGAAAAAAAUUGUUUUCAGUGAUACGUAAAAUAGCAUUUAUU